AUGGGGAGGGCACCUUGUUGUGACAAAAAUGGGCUAAAGAAAGGGCCAUGGACCUCGGAAGAGGAUCAGAAGCUGAUUGAUUACAUACAAAAACAUGGCUAUGGAAACUGGAGGACACUUCCAAAGAAUGCUGGGUUGCAAAGGUGUGGAAAGAGUUGCCGUCUUCGUUGGACCAACUAUUUGAGGCCUGAUAUCAAGAGAGGUCGGUUUUCUUUUGAAGAAGAGGAGACAAUAAUUCAGCUACAUAGUAUAUUGGGAAACAAGUGGUCUGCCAUUGCUGCUCGCUUGCCUGGAAGAACAGACAAUGAAAUCAAGAACUACUGGAACACACACAUUAGAAAAAGGCUCCUAAGAAUGGGAAUUGAUCCCGUGACUCAUAGUCCAAGACUUGAUCUUCUUGACCUCUCCUCGAUCCUAAGCUCAUCCCUUUACAACUCCUCUCAAAUGAACAUGUCAAGAAUGCUUGGGGUCCAACCUUUAGUGAACCCAGAACUUCUAAGGCUAGCCACAUCUCUCUUAUCUUCUCCACGUGACCAAACCCAAAAUUUCGUUGUCCAAAAUGGUCAUCAAGAAAACCAUCUUUCCAACCCAGAAAUCCAACAAAGCCAAUACCAAUCAAUGUUUGAUCAAGCUAAUAACCAGUUCCAGACCUCAGGUCAAGAAAUGCCUACUUGCACUACAUUGAAUACCGCCCCAUGUGUUACAUUUUCUGAUGAAGCACAACUUAUGGACCCUAAUGUAGAGCAGCAAUAUCAAUCAAGUACUAUUACCAACUUUAGCUCUCCAAAUUCUCAGUUAAGUACUCAUGAUCAGUGGCAAAGCAAUGGAAAUAUGGGUUCAAAUUUAACUCAUGAAGAUUAUUUCGUGCCUGCGGUAUCAAGUUACAACAGCAACAACUACUAUGGGUCUGACCUUGUUGACCCUUCUUCUGAGACCUCAACUUUUAUUUCCAAUAACAGCAACCAAAACUUUGGUUUUGCUUCAGUUUUAUCAACUCCUUCUUCAAGUCCAACACCAUUGAACUCCAAUUCAACAUUUAUCAAUGGCAGCAGCACUGAAGAUGAGAGGGACAGCUACUGCAGCAACAUCUUGAAAUUCGAAAUCCCAGAUUUUUUGGAUGUUAGUAACUUCAUGUAA